AUCACAACAGUCUCAUUUAGCUAUUUAUAUGUAUAUAUAAUCACAAUCAUGUGUGUCAACCGAAACACCCCAGCAAACGCGGUUUCUUCAACAUACAUGUUAAUUACCUGGUCAUUAGGCAUAAUAAGAUCAUCGAUAAGCAAUACAAAAUUCUAAUUUAAAUUUACAACGCGUAUUUUAGUACAGAACGUCAAACAGAAUAAAUCUCAGAAUGUUUAAGCUACUGCUAUUCGUGUUGUUUAGCUCCAUAUAUUGCAAUGGUGUAUAUUUCAAAAUAAAAAAGGCUGAGUGCAAUGCAAACAAAAAAUAUUUCGCGAAUAUUUCAUGUGUACUUAAACCAAUUAAUUGGACAAGAUCGAUACUUAACAUUGAUGGUGAUAUUAUUGGAGAAAUUACAAAUGCUCAUUUGCUUGCGGAGAUAUUUUAUCGCGAUAGCAGCAAUUUGUAUAAACCAUUAAUUACACAACUGCAGUACAACAUUUGCGAUCUUCUCCGCAAAUCGAAUGCCAGGAAUUUUUUAGAGAAAUAUGCGAUGGAACAUUUUAGAAUAUAUACCAAUUUAAAUCAUACUUGUCCAUUUUCGGGACAUUUAUACGCCCGUAAUUUUACAUUAGAUGAAGUUUCCAUUCCUCCGCUACCACUUCAGGAAUAUAAACUGUCUAUUAAGUUUAAUCAAAUUAAUCCAUCGGCCUUUUUAGGCUCCGUGUUACUUUAUUUUGAUGUCACCGAGGUCUAUCACAAAAAGAGGCCUCACCGGAAUUAAUUAUAUUCUUGACUUAAUUUGUUUCAUAAUAUAAACAAUAAAGAAGCUAACUAAUUUG